AUGUCCACAGAUCAAAGUGAGCAUCGGAGAGUGCUGCUCCACACAAGCAGUCUUGUUUGCCAGACAUUAUUUUAUGGUAUUAGUGUAUAUGCUGCACUGAUGCCACUAUCGACACAUUUCUUACUUAAAAAGACGACCAUGUCCAGAGCAAAUAAAUUCAUGUUUGCCAUGACAAUCUUCAUGUUUCUGUUGUCCUCCGCCUUCUGGGCGUCGUCUGUGGCACACCUCGUUGCAACUCUCAACGUUGCCUUCGCCGCUCCUGAUCAUGCCUCUGUCGCAUUCAUAUUAUUCCCCUUGUUUAAUGCUAUCCUUCUUAUAAAUUACGUCCUGACAGACACUGUCGUUGUCUGGCGUGCUUGGGUCCUGUGUAAAGGCGGUAGUAGACGCAUUUUAUGGAUUCCCUUUCUAUUUUUAAUGUGCACGUCAUUGUCUGUCCUAGUGACGAUUAGCAUCAGAGUCGCAAUAGAUGCCGGAUAUACUGGCCUGAACAAAGUCAUCGAUAUUAGUCAAAUAGCGAAUCUAGUACUGUCAUUGCUCACAAACAUGAGUGCGACGUCAAUUAUUGCAUUCAGAGCGUGGCAACACCGUCAGUCGAUCCGUGAUGUAUUAUCCAGAGAACGCACAACGAGCACAAAGGUCGAGCGUAUAUUGACACUGCUUGUUGAUUCUGGCCUCAUCUAUUGUAUAUCCGGUAUCCUGGUCUUGAUUGCUUCAAUGGUCCAUCUUCCUGUUGGCACCCUUGGGGACAUCUAUACACCCGUGCACGUUCAAGUUGCGGGGAUAUACCCGACAGUCGUCCUCAUUCUUGUCAGCCAACAACGAUCGUUGAAGGAAGGGGCCUUCUCCACGGCUGGCAAUGCAACUGGCGUAGUCUCGGCUCAGAUUGAAGCAAUGGACUUCAGGACAAAUCCUGCAUUGACAGUCUCAAUGAUUUUCCAUAAUGAGUUCAGUGAUUUAAGUCAAGACCAAGACGAGGACUCGGAUUCGUCGGAGACAAGGACUGAACAUAGUACGGAUGGCCCAGAGGGCCCGAAAGUGAAGGAGACUUGA